UUUCGCGCCCAAAACACGCGCCGGUCGCGUUCUUCCCUGAUCUGUUAUUAAUUUCUUUGUUUUGUUUUAUUUCUAGUUACAUAUUUUGUGAAAAGUGUGUAAGAAAGAAAACAAGCACUGUACAGUGGCUUGAUUCAACAUGUCCACUCCAUCGAAACGGCCGUCAUCGCAAGCGUCGUCGGAUGCCCCGACUCCAACCCGCAGGACGCGGUCUUCCCAACAGGAACAGGUAGUCAUCCCGGAGACGCCUCAACGAGCUUCGGGCACAUCUUCACAAGAUGGGACUCCAGCGACUCCUACUCGCACCCCCCGAGGCACUCCCCGCACCCCGCGCGGCACGCCCCGCACCCCGCGGGUACCGGGCACGUCACCUGCAAGGGCUUUGCAGUCUAGUCCUAUUGGGACAGACUUUGACUUGAGCUCACCCCUGAACUAUGGCACACCCAGCUCCCUGAGCACUCCUCGCUCGCUCAUGCGAGGGGUCAUGACCCCUGCCAGGCAGAGGGCAGACCUGCGAGGGCAUCAGUUUGGGCGUAAUGUGCCGGCACCAACACCUACUAGAGGGGUGGAAGAGGCAGCAGCAGAGGCACCAUCAAGUGAACCACAAUUAGUGGUGUGGGGCACAGAUGUAGCCAUUGCCGAGUGCCGCGAGAAGUUCAUCAAGUUUGUGCAGCGGUUUGUCGAGCCUACCGCUGUCACUAAUGAACCACUCUAUGAGCAGAAGCUAGAAGAGAUUCACACAUUGGAAGAGCCAUUCUUGGAUGUGGAUGUGGAUCAUGUUCGCAUUUUUGAUCCCAAGCUGCAUCGCCAGCUCGUCUGCUAUCCACAAGAGGUUGUGCCCGCGUUCGACGCAGCGGUAAACGAGCUGUUCUUCGAGAAGUACCCGGCCGCGGUACUGGAGCACCAGAUCCAGGUGCGGCCAUUCAACGCGCCCGCCAGGCACAUGAGGGACCUUAACCCGGAAGACAUCGACCAGCUGGUGACCAUCUCGGGCAUGGUGAUCCGCACGUCCACCAUCGUGCCGGAGAUGCGCGAGGCGUUCUUCAAGUGCGCCGUGUGCGGAGCCGCCGCCGCCGCCGAGCUGGAGCGCGGCCGCGUGCCCGAGCCGGCGCACUGCGCGCACUGCAACACCGCGCACUGCUUCCAGCUCAUACACAACCGCAGCCACUUCAGCGACAAGCAGCUGGUCAAGCUGCAGGAGUCGCCAGAUGACAUGCCAGCGGGUCGCACGCCCGCCACGGUGACGGUGAUGGCUCACGGCGCGCUGGUGGAGGCGGUCGGAGCCGGCGAGCGAGUCAGCGUCACGGGCGUGUUCCGCGCCGCCCCCGCCACUGUGCACCCGCGAAAAUCUACCUUACGAGCCCUGCAUAAGACUCACAUUGACGCGCUGCAUUACAGGAAGGUGCAUAGUGACAGGCUGUUCGAGACUGAAGAGGGCAAGGAGCACCGUUUCCCGCCCGAGCGAGUUGAAUUAUUCAAGUCGUUGUCAAAGCAAGCCGACUGCUACGAGCGCCUGGCGCGUGCCAUCGCACCGUCCAUCUACGAGAACCUAGACAUCAAGAAAGGCGUGUUGCUUCAAUUACUCGGUGGUACUAAGAAGAAUUUCAACGCCGCAGGCCGGACACAUUUCAGAUCGGAGAUCAACAUCCUGCUAUGCGGCGACCCGGGCACAUCUAAGUCCCAGCUGCUCCGCUACGUGCACUCCCUCGUGCCGCGCGCGCAGUACACCUCGGGGCGCGGCUCCAGCGCCGUGGGGCUCACCGCCUACGUCACCAAGGACCCCGACACUCGCCAGCUCGUGCUGCAGACGGGAGCGCUAGUUCUGGCCGACAACGGAAUCUGUUGCAUCGACGAGUUCGACAAAAUGAACGACUCUACUCGGAGUGUGCUUCACGAAGUAAUGGAGCAGCAAACCCUAUCAAUAGCGAAAGCCGGUAUCAUCUGUCAGCUAAACGCGCGCACAUCUAUUCUGGCUGCCGCGAACCCGGCCGAGUCGCAGUGGAACAAAAACAAGACUAUCGUCGAGAACGUACAGCUACCCCACACGCUCAUGUCAAGAUUCGACCUCAUAUUCUUAGUUCUGGACCCGCAAGACGAAGUGUUCGAUCGCCGCCUAGCCUCGCAUCUCGUAUCGCUGUAUUACAAGGACCCCACCGACCCUGAUGAGGAUGACGAAGUAUUCGAUAUGAGCAUAAUGCGGGACUACAUUGCGUUUGCGAAGGAGAGCGUGCAACCUACACUCAGCGAGGCCGCUCAGCAGAGACUCAUCGACGCAUACGUCGACAUGCGACGAGUAGGCAGCGGGCGCGGCCAGAUUACGGCCUACCCGCGGCAGCUCGAGAGCCUCAUCCGUCUCGCGGAGGCACAUGCGCGGGUCCGUCUGUCGCCCACCGUCGAGAUCAUUGAUGUCGAUGAAGCCUCCAGACUGCACCGCGAAGCCCUGAAGCAGUCGGCCACGGACCCGGCGUCGGGGCGCAUCGACGUGGGCAUCCUCACCACCGGGCUGGGCGCCGCCGCGCGCAGGCGCAGACAGGACCUGCUGCAGGCGCUCCGGGCCAUCGCGCAGCCGCUCGCCAAGCCCGUCACUACGACGCACGCGAAGCUGCUGCACGAGAUCAACGCCUCCUCGCAGAUCACGGUGACCCGCGAGCAGCUAGACGAGGCGCUCCGAGAUAUGCAGGACGAGGGCAAGGCCGUCAUCGUGUCGCACACGCAUGUGCGCUUCUGCUGAGUCGGUUAAACGUUAACCACUCGACCGUUAUUUUCUGCAAUUAUAUGACUGUCGGGCGUAUUCUAAUUUUAAUUAUAGGAUAAGAAAUCGAUGUCAGUGUAAAAAGCGACGUAUCUUCACAAAAACACACCUCGGUGGUGCUGCAAAAGAGUAGUAAAGGACUCAUAAAAGUCUUAAACUAAGUCGACUACCGGGUAAUUGAUCUGUUGAUUUCAAUGUAGCUGUCGACUCAGUAAAAUCGAUUGAAACAAAAUAACCAACUGUGUUCCAUUUAAGAAUGUUUUGAAAAUUAAAGCCACGUAUCCACUAAACAUUUUAUAAACAGUGUUUCGCAAUGAGUACCAUACAUUUUCUGAGAAACAUUGUUUAUAAAUUAUAAACCGUGUUUCUAAACAAAAAUGUUUAUACUGAAUACGUAACUUAAUCUUUUCAACGCCGUGUCAAACACAAAAGCCAAAAAUAUUGAACUUUAUGCACAUGCACGUAGGUCUAUGUUGCUCUGUGGUCUGUGACGGAUUAAUCGGUCUUUGGCGUUGGACCUGCGCUGCCGUUAUAUCGGUUAUUGGCGUCCAAAAGCAAUACCGUGGACCGUAGGAUACACUAUAAUAGUAUUAAGAACUACGAAUAUUCUUAUGGUUGGAUGCUUGCCACGACUCAGUGAGCUUAGGGUCCACUCGGCAAACUACUAUCCUCUGAUCUGCCACCGGCGCGCGGAUACGAUACCUCACAAACUUUAAAAUGACCAAAAUCAAUUUUAACUUGCUAAAUGCAUUUGUUAACGUUUCAAUCUCGAUAACGUAAGUGCCUAUGGUACUCGUGUUAUUUACAGCAUGAGUUUAUCAUCUUUUGUACCUUAUUAAUAAAUAAGAUUGUUUGUUUGUGUACGUUGAUCUUAUUAAUAAAUCAUGUUAUUUUCAUACAA